AUGUCCAGCGAUGCAUCAGCUGCCGCCGCCAGCCCUAUGACCAACGGUACUUCCCUCUACGGGAGUCAUAGAGAAGCCGAUGCAUCAACCAGCCCACCAUCUUCGCAUACUCUUGCAGACGUAUGCGCCGAUCUGCACAACCGAGUAACCAAAUUUCUGAACGCUGAGCCGCAAAAUGAAACCACAAAACGUACGCAACAGCAGACCAAGGUGGCUAUGGGAGUUAUAGAGAAGGCACUACACGACUAUGGCUUCGAUGCGCUCUCACUCUCCUACAACGGAGGUAAAGACUGUCUGGUCUUGCUCAUACUCUACCUUGCCGUCCUACACACAUAUUUCACGCAGCCCACCAGCCGGCGCAAAGAAGCCAGUGGCAACGACAACAACAACGACAACGACAACACCAAGACAUUCCCACCCUCCAUCCCCUCGAUCUACGCCAAACCACCCGACCCCUUCCCAGCCGUAACUUCCUUCGUCGACUCCUCAAGCGCUCAAUAUCACCUCUCCCUCACUCACAUUUCCACGAACCCCGGCACGAAACCAACCCCAUCAAAAGCAAAGUCCCAUUCCUCGCCUCCCACCAGUCCCGAGAAACAGAGCAUACAAGCCGCCUCACACCAGGACCCAAACCAAAUCUCCGCGAACGAACCUCACCAAGAGGGCAAGAUCAUAACUUUCCGCGACGCAUUCGCGCUCUAUCUCGACUCCCACCCCUCGGUUCGUGCAAUCUUCGUUGGCACGCGCAGGACAGACCCGCACGGCGCUCACCUCACUCAUUUCGAUAUGACGGAUGGAUCGUGGCCGAGCUUUAUGCGCAUACACCCAGUGAUAGAUUGGCAUUUAUCCGAGAUAUGGACGUUCCUUCGCAGUCCGCAUCUAGCAGGAGACGUGGAUCGAGCUGCAGGACGGGAUCAUGUCGAGUAUUGUGCUAUGUAUGACGAAGGUUACACGAGCCUGGGUGGAGUGGGAGAUACGUUGAGGAAUCCGAAGUUGAAGCAUAUAGAUCCGGAGACUGGUGAAGAGAGAUUUAGACCAGCCUAUGUGCUGACGGAGGAUGAUGAGGAGAGGCUUGGAAGGGAAUGA